ACUUUUCCCGCUCGGAGAGCCACGAGGGAUUCUCGUAGACAACGUUAAGUUAAACUUCAUGAUUGCCGCGUAGCCUGCAUCGUUCGAUCUGUUCCGUGACUUCGUGCGUCGUUCCCAGCAACAGACGGGGUUGCGAAGAAAUCCAAGCCGAAAGUUCUGCAAAAUGUCCCUCAAAAGCCGUCUCUUCGCCAAAGACUCGCGGAGAUCAUCGUGUGAUCUCAUCGCGAAUAUACUGCAUGCAAUUCGGAAACUUUGCAGAGAAAAACCUAUCAGGUUGACCGCACUCAAGCUCGAAUACGACCGGUACUUCAAAGACAAAAUUUCUACGAAGCCACCGGAGCUGAUCGCAGCGGCUUUGAAAUCUCUCGAGAACGAUGUCGUUGCUGUCAAGGUGUACAUGCAAGUGGACAAUCGAGAAAUGACGGACCUCUUGCUGGGACUCCGCGGCUCGUCAUAUUCGCCGGAUAUGAGAAAUGAAGAUAGUCCGCAGCUCUCGAAGGAACGUUUGCUGAAUAUCAUCAAAGAUUGCGAUUCACUCGGGAUCCACGUCCGCGAUCUCGAGAAACGAUACUUGGAAGCUCACGGCACUCGCCCCUCGCAUCUGCCGUAUAAAAGUAUCAAGGAAUUGCUGCACCGUACGCCCGACGUUGAGCUCGCCUCAUCCGGCAAAAAUCUCAGGGUCCGCACUCGGCAGGCCCAAGUACUUUCAAAGAAAACGCUGACCACGAAAAUCCCGGCGCUCAACAAAAGCACCCUUACAGCUUCGCUGAGAGUUCCGAAAACGCGGAACUUCAUGAUGUGCGCAAGUAAAAGGUCUGAUUCAAAACUCCGCACGGACUGCGACAUGUCGGCCAGUGUUAUCGUGCCGAAAGAUCUAUCAUCUUUCGAGUCUCCAGGGUCCAUCAGUUCACGUGGUUCUCCGACCGGUUCUGUGGACAUGAGCGUUUCGAUGAUUUUACCGAGAAGUUUCCACCGGGCUCCCGGAUUUGAGAGGGGCCCGAGGAACGCGCCGGUGAAGAAAGUCGCCCACGACACUCUCCACAGCAAAGAAGUGAUGGCAACCAUCCUCAACGAUUUCCCCGCUGAAGGCAUGUCGCUCAAAGCGCUGACCGACGAAUUCCUCGCUGUGCUCGGCCCGAAUUAUUCUCUAGGCAUGACCACGGUCGAGUUCCUGACUAAAGAAUUCAAUGAUGUUGUGAAGUUAGACGAGGACGAGGAAGGUCUACGAGUCUACAGGAUCAAUUCACCGUUACUACCACGAAGGACGAUCGCCGACGUCUACACGAAGCUCGCUUUACAGUCGAACAGGAAACCCUCGGAUCGGGUUCUCAAGGUUCUGAAAGACAUCUAUCGGAAGCGAAGCUCGGACGCGCAGGCACCGAAGAGCGGAGGAGGAACUCCUAAGGUUUCGCAGAUCGUUCAGAACGUUUUGGAUGAUCCUGCGGGCAGGCCCGAGCGCAAGGAGAAAGAAGACGCCGUCAUGCAUGAGCUUCAACAGAAGAUCCUAUCAACGAGCUCAAUACAGUCUCGAGUUCCGGUCCUGAAUAGCAAAUACCGCAGCAGGCAAAACGUCGUUGACGGGAUCAAGAACCGACUGCGGACAGGUCCGAUCGAGUAUCCGAAGGAAUUCCUCGAGCUUACCAGAGAUCUGAAAGAUGACACUCAAGCCUUGCUUGUCGAUUUGAUGUCCUCCCUGAACCUCUGCCUGAAACCACAGAACGGCAGGAUGGUUUUGCAGAUGAGUUGAGCUCCGAGAAUGUUCCCGGAAAAGGUUCUAAUAUUUUCUGCCUAUUGUGGAGAUGACCACCGAGUGGGUACUGUGAAGCCCCCUACGAUUUUAGAAAACGACAGUAUGGUACUUUAUAAGAGCAAUUUUCGCCUGCCACGACGCGCAGUGCUCAUUAAUGUAAUUCCAGACAGCUGAUACGGCUUAUCAGUCCAUCUGGAGCUUGUGAUCGGGUGUCCAUAGGAUUUGUAUAAUAAUUAUAAUGCGAGUCAAACGAAAGGGAAACCAUACAGUUCAAGUACUUGACUCCCUAAAGA